AUGUCGGCCCAAGAUUCCUCCCUACGGGAUACAAACUGGCUUGCUGUGGCUGGAUAUGUCUCAGCGCACAAAGAUACUUAUCCCUUCAUUAAUCCCGUUAAAGCUGAUCUGACGGGCAAGUCGGUUUUAAUCACUGGCGCCUCCAAGGGCAUCGGGAAGGCGACCGCUAUCAGUUUUGCUACCGCGGGCUGCUCGAAGCUCCUGCUGGCCGCUCGUUCUGACCUAGCGGAUGUCGAAAUAGCUGUCAAGAACGCCGCCAAGACUGCAAACCGGCCACAGCCGCUAGUGCAUACCCUGAAGGUUGACGUGACGUCGGAGGACUCGGUGCGACUUGCCGCUGAGACUGCGGCCGACCUGCUCGGCGGCAGCCUAGACGUUCUCAUCAACAAUGCCGGUUACCUGGAGGAGUGGAAACCCAUCGCCGAUUCCAAACCAAGUGAGUGGUGGCGGACUUGGGAGGUUAACAUCAAAGGCACCUAUCUCGCCGCCCACUAUUUCUUACCGAUGCUCCUCAACUCGCAAACCAAAACGAUUAUCAAUAUCAGUAGCGGUGGUGCUCAUGCUAUAUUCCCUGGUGCAUCGGGCUACCAGACGACCAAGUUUGCCCUUUGCCGCCUCACCGAGUUCAUGGACAAGGAGUAUCAUCAGCAGGGUCUAAUCGCUAUUUCGCUCCACCCGGGAGCCGUUAAGACUGAGCUGGCCUUGAACAUGCCUCCGGACAGACUUGAUGUCCUGACCGAUACUGCGGAGCUAGCUGCCGACACCCUGGUCUGGCUUUCCCGUGAGCGUCGUGACUGGCUAUCCGGCCGAUUUGCCACUGUGAAUUGGGACAUGGAGCAACUGGAGCACAAGAAGCAGGAUAUUCUUCAAAGGAACUUACUCAAAUUCCGCGUUAUGAUUUAA